UAGGGACGGCUGGGAGGGAAACAAUUGGUUGGGAGAUGGCGUUCAAGAUUUUCUUCUUUUCUGUGGGCUGGGGUUCUCGAUCGAGGACGUUUUGAUCGCGCUGCAAGCACGGUGUUCUUUUUGUGACUAAGGCAAACCAGGAAUGGGAAACGGGAUGAUGGACGACGACGAACUUUCCUUUUCUUUUUUUUUUUCAACUACACUGGGCACAAAAGAAUAGGUCAAAUUCGAGAUGACAACUUUUUUGCUGCAGAAAGAUAAUGUGCCCGCCGCAAUAUCCCGAUGGGGCUACCUGCAGAGUCACCGAUCGGUAUGCAAGCGCAUCCACCGCGUGCCUUGCAUGUACCCGUUAUGCCAUGCGGCUUCUAAGUCUCUUGGCUCGGUGCGCAUUCUACAUGAACAUGAGGCGGAGGGCUGUAGAUUAUCGGUAGUAUGGCAGGGGCGAAUUGACGAGAUUAAUGUUUGCAUACAGUACUCAAGGCAGAACGGGAAUACAACAAACCUUUUUAUCGCCUGCUCCCGCCUCUCGUACAGUGGUGGUCCCCUGAGUUGGAGUCGUGAAGCUCUAGUCUCUUUACAGUCCCUGCGAACAGCGUCCUCAAAGCCAUGGGCGCGAAUGUCGGGAUGGAGAUUGACGACUUCCCCCCAGCCACAGAGUGCCUACCAAUUCCAUCCAAAUCUUGGAAUUACACUUGGGCAAACAGUCAUGAUGGGAUAUAUGAGCUGCAUUUGCGCCAAAGACACCUGUCUUGUGCCUUAUCAUAGCAACACUGACGAGCCGUCCCAGAUAAGAGAGGCCAUGGAAUGUAGACCAGCAACAUUCGUGAAAUGAAGCAUUCCAGUGGCCAUCACCACCCAGCCUCGCUUUCAUUCUCCCCGACAACGCACGUGUCAGACAAACAGUCAAUAACAGUUUGGUCAAUUUAUUUCCAUGGAUACAUCCAGGAGCCCUUCUUGACGAUAACGGUGCCCUUUUCUUCCCAAGU